GCUAUUUUGACUUCAUGAUCGAACUUCCAAGGACGAUCGAUGAUUGCUUUAACAGUGUACCGAACGUGUCCAUAAUCAUGUUCAAAGCUACUUGGUAAAUUGGGCGGAAGUGUACAGCUAAAUGGUUGUAGAAUUAAACUCUUACUUGAAGAAUAAAAAAUAAUUAAGCAAUAAAGUGAGAGUAAUGUGAGGGUGGAGACAAGCUAUUCCACACAUGUCUGAGCAGCUAUAUUUACACAUUUUGCUAAGCUUUGCUCUUAUAGUGGAUACAAGAAAAAAUUUUCAAGAUUAAGACAUAAUGGUUAUCAUAGUCCCACGGUCGACAUCUUCAUAAAUCAUUUUACAGUGACAGUGACGACUGCAUGUAAGUUUCUAUUUGAUAGUAGAAAAGUCCCUUUGCGCAAGCUUCGUCGAAGUGGCUAUUGAUCGAAGUUUCUUGGUGGUGUUCCUGGUCGUGGAAGACUCAGUUGCAUGCUGUAAAUAACGCCCCUGUCUGUUCCGUGGAAAAGAUAAAUUUUUUUGUGGAUAAAAAGGUGGUUUUUAUUAUAAUUGCGGCCAAAAUGGUCGAAGGUGUUUUUGAAGACGGUCCUCUGAUAAGGCCUGUUGAAUCGGUAUCAACAAAUACUCUUGUUGGGCUAUGCAUCGCAGCUGCAGCCUUAAUAUGCGCCGCCGCAAUGACCUGGUGGUUGUGUCGUCGACGUCGAGAGCAUAUGAAACUAAGCAUGGACAAAUCCUUAGCAUUUAGACCACCUCAUCGUAAACCAACAGCAGUAAAAAGUCCUGGAAGUACAACUCAUUACCUGAGGAAAAGUCCAAGUCCUACCGGUCCUGCUAAAAGUCCACCUGGAUCUGGUGGACAGACUCCAAGUCCAACUGGUUCUCAACCAUCUCAGAUAAAUAAUCCUCAACCACGAUCACCUUCAGAAAAGGGCACACCUACUCAACCUGGUGAAAUCACUUUGACCAUUGAAAAUGAAAAAGACAAAGCUGAACUUGAAACAAGUGAGAAAGCUGAACGAGGAUUAGUCAACGGUGAAAUUAAUAAGAAUGGAUUAGGACAGUUGGUAUUUAAAUUACGCUACUUGGCAGAUCAAAAUGCUCUUGUUGUUACUGUUGUCAAGUGCAAAGGAUUACCUGCUCGUGGACAUCAAAAUUCUACCAGUGAUCCUUAUGUCAAACUUCAGCUUCUUCCCGAUAAAGAAGAUAGAGUGAAAACAAGAGUAUUGAGGAAUACUCGAGAUCCUGUUUAUGAUGAAGAUUUCACCUUUUUCGGAAUCUCUAAAAGCCAGUUACAGAAAAUCAGUCUCCACUUCGUGGUAUUGAGCUUCGAUAGGUAUUCUCGUGAUGCUAUAAUUGGUGAAGUUGUUUACGCUCUAUCAUCGAUUCCUGGUUUAGAAAAUGCAGAUAAUCAACAGAUAUCACUGUGUCGAGAAAUCUGUCCUCGGAGUCUAAAAAUUCAAUCCCAAGGGAGAGGAGAGUUAUUAGUAUCUCUGUGCUGGCAACCAGCAACCAAUCGACUGACAGUUGUUGUGUUAAAAGCAAGAAAUUUACCAAAAAUGGAUGUAACUGGUUUAGCUGAUCCUUAUGUUAAAAUUUAUUUACUCUACAAUUCACAACGUAUUGCUAAGAAGAAAACACAUGUCAAGAAGCGCACAUUGAGCCCUGUUUUCAAUGAAUCUUUUGUCUUUGAAAUACCUAAUGGCACAGAUGGGCUAGCUAAUAUUAGUUUGGAGUUUAUGUUGUUGGAUUGGGACCGGGUUACAAAGAACGAGGUGAUUGGACGGUUGGAACUUGGAGGAUCCAAAUGUCAAGGAUCAGCACUGAAUCACUGGAACGAAGUUUGCAGUUCACCACGCCGACAAAUCGCUGAUUGGCAUAAGCUGAGAGAGUAACUGAAUCGUUUAAAGUUUGAUUUCUAAUUCCCUACUUCCUCAGGAUCCUACUUGUAUUCAUCGUACCAGAGAUUUUCGGUAUUAUAAUCUGCAGUGAUGUAUGCAGCAAGGCGAAAAAUACUCUGAGAUGUCAGUUUUAUAAGCAAAAAAAAAAAUAAUAAUUCGAACUAUUACAUGAUCCGAAGAAGAAAAAGAGUGGUAUCCUGAUGAAACUCUCUUCUUUCAUCAGUACCUUCUUUACAUCCUUGUUUAUGCGGCCUCAUAGUUGGCUACUCCUAUUGUCCUUAAUUUUAAAGUCGAGUAUUCGAAGAAGAGAGUGAUAUAAAAAUAUGGAAGUGUCAUAUAUAGCGAAUAAUACGAAUAAUGUGAAGACAUAAAAUAGACUCGACAUGUGACGAGUUCUAUUUUUUGUUAUGGUUGCGCCGCGAUUUUCUUUUGGCAGUUGAUUUGUCAUUGAUCUUCAACGCGACAAUUCUAUAUGUAUAUUUAAUGUGUGCUAAAAUCUUGCUCGUUAUUUUUUUAAAUACUUAAUUAUUAUGUUAAAAAAACCUCGAUAAUGAUUAAUGAUAAUGGAUUAGAGGAUUAUCGGUCUACUUUCUCAUUGUAAAUAUGUAAUUGAUACUGAGGAAUGGGAUAAGCUGUAUUGCUAGAAUAUUUCAGUACCAUUCAAUCAUAUUUAUUAAAAAAAAAAAAAAUGGAAAAUAUAAAUUAUAUUAUGCGUACACAAGGUUUGUUUAUUUUUUCAUUUUUGCACGAUCUUAUAAAAGCGACGUAAAUUUUUUUAAAUAAUUCCGAUGGAAAUUCAAUAAGUAAAAAUAUCACUUUAAGAUGCAACGAUAUUAAUCUUAGUGGAAAUAAUUAUAAUAACACGAAACUUUAUAGUCAAGUCAUACAAUAGCAGCAUAAUCGAAGCUUCAUUUAUACGUAAGUCAAUACAGCGAUGUAACUGAAAUGUUUUGAAAGUAUUACAUUCUUACAGAAAUCUAGGUAUUUUUUAUUUACAUUUCUGAAUAAUUUUUUUUUUUUUUUUUAAAUUUUUACUAUAGUUAAAAACAAAAAAAUUCACUUGAUUGCAAUAUAAUGUAACAAAAUUAUUGCUAAAUUAAUUGGAAAACUCUGUAAAACUCUAAAGUAUUAAUAUCAUUAAAAAAAUAAUUAUUAAUAAAUUAAUAAAAUCAAGUAUUUGUCGUAUAUAUCAAACCGCUGAUAAAAAUGAAUGCGUAUAUAUUUCGAUUGAAAGUAAUUUGGAAGUUUAAAUAAAAGAUGAACAAUCGAUAUUUAUGGUUUGUAUCGAAUGAAAGAAAAUAAAAAUUAUCAUUAGACUCAAUUAUAAUAGGUUGCAGUCAACAAUAUCUGAAUAUUUUAUUGCUGUAAAUUACAUAAAUUAUUAAGAUGAAUUAUAAAUUAAAUAGUUUGUGGAAUGUAAACUAAGCUUAUUUUGUUUUUUUAUUUUCUACUAUAUGAAAACUGUUUAAUAUGAGAUACAAUUAUCAUAAUUAUUAAAUACAAUCUGACUCAUAAUAAAUAAUUUAACAUGAUUGUUGAAUAAAAAUUAGAUAAAAUAAAUUAAAAAAACAUCAGAUACAAAUCGUUUAUGAAUUUAACAAAUAUAAAACAACUUGCCGUAACAUUUAACAGAGUGUAGUCUAUAUGCAAUUGAAUUGUCCACAAAAAAUACAUGUCAAUAAGUUGAUAUGAACAUUCCAGAUAAUUCAAUAUGCUAAUAGACUGUGUUUAUUAUUAAGAUUAAUACCAAAGAAUUGUUUUAGUACUUAAUAUUUAUUUCGAUUUAUUAAAAUUUUUAUUAAAUUUUUUAAGUUUGACAAUAUUUACAAAAAAUAGUUGUAUUAUAAAAUUUAAUUAUCUAUGAGUGUCUUUAUAGAAAUGAGAUAUUGGAUUAGUUUAGAUUUUAAUAAAUUAAGUUGUAGUAAAAAUAUUUGUAAACGCCACGCAAUAUGUGAACAGAUUUUAAGGCUGUGCGGUGAAUAAAAUGUUUAAAAAACCUAUUAAA